AUGCCGGUACGUUCGCCUACCCUUUCAAGAGACAAGAGAUGGAAACCCAAGACUGACAAUUAUCCCCAGAGUCACAAGUCCUUCCGCACGAAGCAAAAGCUCGCCAAAGCGCAGAAGCAGAACCGCCCCAUCCCUCAAUGGAUUCGUCUGAGAACUGGCAACACCAUCAGAUACAAUGCUAAGCGAAGACAUUGGCGCAAGACCAGAAUCGGCAUCUAG